GUUAAAAAUGUUUUGGGAAGAACUGAUUUAAAUCUACAAGAGCAGUGUAAAAAUAUAUCUAAUAAGUACAAGAAAUUAUUAGAAGCUGCGAUGGUUUCUUACACAGACUUUAUUCGUACAACCGAAAAAAGGCAUGAAAAUACUGUUGGACACGUUUGGAAUCGGUUGAUUGAAAAUGAUCUUAUUUAUAAAGAUAAAGUUGAAGGCUGGUAUUCAAAAAAUGAUCGAUUAUUUGAUGGUGAAACUGAUAUCAAAGAAAUUACUCAUCCACACAGUGGAAAGAAAUUGAAAGGAAAUCAUAUCCCAAAGGAGCAUCGUACCAUUAAUGGGACUGAGAAUCAUGAGAAUGAUACACAAUUAACACCUGACCCAUUAAUUUCAUCUAAUAAUGAACAUCAAAAAAUAGUAUUUCCAUCGAUACCGGGUUUAUACCUUUAUAAAAAUUUGUUAACUCAAGAACAACAAAAUAAGCUUGUUGAUGCAAUUAUCCAUGAAGGUUAUUUUGAGCGACCAGAAUCAAAUCAAGCAAUGUGUUUUGGUACACUUCCACCUUUUAUUAUGCGAGUUGUUGAUAUUAUUGAAAAUAUGCCUUCCAUUUUUCCUGAUGAAAUAAAAAAUAGAAAACCUUUAUUUGAUCAG